GGAUCCUAAACGCAAAGUCCAUAAACCUGUGAAGACUGGAAAUUGAGAAGCACCAGACAUCUAAUGCGGACCUGGAAAAUAUUUCAGAAAGUGCCAGCAUGACCAAUGAAUCUAUGGACCUAGGGGAUCAAGUUACUGAUGCAAUGUUCAUUAAGAGCCCCAACAAUGGUUCUGAUGGGCCUCAGAGUAGCAAUUCCAAGUGGAUUCCUAAUGAUGAGCAAAAUGCAUCUGGAAAUGGAAACACUCAUGGAAAUCCGGAUCUCAAUGUUGGUGAUGUAAGCAGAAUGCCUUUCUUGCGUUUGUAUUUUCAUUUUAUAUUUUUGUUGCAUUUCAGUUGCUUAUUUGCAUGGCUGAUAGGAAACAACCAGGGAAUUUUUCUUGUGUUCUGUAAAUAUGGUUUGCCUAUUUCUUUAUUCAAUUUUGAAUGGAUAAAUGCCUCAAUUGGCU